GAUUGAGGCUAGAUUCCCCUCAAAUUUUACCCUAAAUGCACCGAUUCUGAUCCAUUUAAAGGUAGGAAUACAGUCCCAGACCAGUUGGACAGUACUGCUCAUUGAAUUCUGCGUCUGCAUUUCUUCACAGACCAGUCAUAUCUGCGUAGUCUAGCGUUGCCAAGGCAUGGCUUCCUCGGUCAACGGUCAAAUCAUCACAGCAUGACCUCCCAGUACAGAUCUUUAUUAGAUGGCGGGUUAAGAUCUAGAUGCUGAAAUGGACAGGACUCGUCUGAGUAACCUGUUCCAGACACUGGAAAAGCUCCUCGGCCACCGUCCUUCACGCAGAGACCCAGAGGAGGUCCAACAGCUCAGGUUUACCACCACUAAGAUACUACAGUUUGUUAGCUCCCAAGAAAAAACCCACCGUGAUGCUGUGUUAAAGCACAGUGAAUACUUGGACAGUUUAGUCACAAUAUUAGAGGUGGCUGAAGAUGUGGCAGUCACACAGAAUGUUGUCUACAUACUAGCAGAACUGAUAGGAAAGACAGCUUCUGGUAAGAAAGCAGGUACUCUAGUCAGUAAUGGGGCUACCCAGGGAUUGUUUGCUGCACUCACGGGGGAGUGGAAGGAAACCCAACCAAAUGAAGAACUGUUGUUGUCAAUACACCACCUUUUAGCUAAAUUAGGACCUAAAGAUCGUAAGUUUGGAGUGAAAGCGAGAUUAAGCCAAGCCUUGCCAGUAACCUUAGGCUUACUAAGAAACCACACCAGUAGUACAAGGGUCCUCCAAGCAGUGCUGCCAGUACUCAAAUUAUACUCUAACAAUGCUGUGAAUGCUUCUUAUUUGGGGAAGAAUGGUGCUGUCAGUUACCUGUUCAGGGUGAUCACAUCAUGUGGAAAGAAACAUCUGUCCAUGUUGAAGUUGACAUUAGAUUCUCUGGUAUUACUGGUUAAGUCAAAGAGUAACUCUGCGAGAGCCAUUGGACAUGGAGGAGUCCCCAUGUUACUGAACAUGUUCUCCGAUUGGCACAGGGGAGACAGCAAAAACAGGCACAUUGCACUACGGAAAGCUGUGCUGAAUGUACUCAAGCAUAUCACAAAUCUCAAAUCUGGUCGCCAUGCAUUCAUCCAGGCAGAUGGCAUCCGUAUUCUGUACAGUGCCUGUCAAGAGAGCAUCAACUGCCGUGACCUGGAGCAGGUGAUCUUCAUCUCCAGCCUCAUCAUGCGCAAGUGUUUUCCAAAGAAUCGUCUUCCAGUCGCCAGUAUCCGCAGCGUUCUCACCUGUCCCCUGCCUGAAAGCGACUUUCACAUUCCGGAGUUUAUGAUGCUCAACGAUGGUGGCGACAACGGCAGUGAAAACAGUUCACUGGAUAAUGAUGAUGACAUCAGCAGUGAUGAUGAUACUGAAGCCAGUAAAUUACAAACUGAAAUGGAGGACCCAAUCAGGAGACAUCAGUUAUUACAGGAGAUUUAUGAUGAGCUGGCUGCAGAACAGGUUCCUGAAUUUGGUGCUGAACUACCAUAUGAGAGAUCUGCUGAAGAUUUGUCCUUAUCGUAUGACAAAUUUUUCCCUGAGAUGUUUGAAUUUGAGAUUCAAGAAGAGGAGGAAGAGGACUUGACACUAUCCAGGAACUUCUACACAAGUAGUGGUCUGAUGUCUGGACUUCCUAGACACAGCUUCUCUGAGACAGCACUGGAGGAGCUGAUACACCAGAUGCCCCGCUCCAGUCGCCACAGCUUGCAUAGUCUACGCAGAACUUCCGAACUCUGUGACUCAUUCAACAAUCUUCAGAUGGGCCAAGGGAGGGAUACAGAGAGUGGUGCUGAUGUUGCUUCCUACAGCUCUUCAUCAUCAAGACUUUUAAACAGACCGACUGCAGUUGAACCCAGGCUCACUGCCGGGGCAUCAGAUAACAGCUCAGAAGAUAGCGCUAGUGCAGUGAAUGUAAGAACUGGUGCCAGUGUGUUUAGGCUCGAUAUUUCUCCACCGAGAGCUUCCAAAUGUGGCCCCACUCUCAGGGCUAAGAGUGCCAGCAAAGGUGGCAGACAAAAGGCUUCCAAAGGAUCCAAGCAGCAGUCUCAGGGGGGUAGGAAAGGGAAGGGGAAACCCAGUGGUAAACCUAAUGCAAGAGAAGUUCUAGAGCUGGAUCUUGAGUGGAACAACACUGCACCGUUGUCCAUUACAAGAAUGACCACCCCAAGUGAACUGAACGCGUCUGAUGAAUUCUUGGACUCUGCUGGCUCAGAGUACAUGGUCGAAGAAGGAACAGCAUUUGAUGGUCCAGAAAUCUACUCAGACAUGGCCUGCAGAACUAAGAGUGUGGGAAGGUUUAACAAACUUGCCUAUCCAGAGCUCCACGGCUGCAAACCUGUACCUUAUGGGGAGCCACUGUUUGAGAAAAAGUUUGGGAUACAAAGGCAAAAGAUAUUUGAAGAUAUAGACCGUAUGAUCAACCCAGACCAGCUGUUAGAUAAAGUUGUUUAUGACCUGGACACCAUAGUCAGACUGGCAGGCUCCAUGUACAGCACUCACUACUCCAAUCUAAAGAAUAUGGAUGAACAGAGGCUACAGAGGAGAGAAGAUAUUGGUGCUCACUUGAUGUUUAAUGCACAAUUUGAAAGUGGAAAUCUCAGGAAAGCAAUACAGGUGCGUCAGUAUGAAUAUGACCUCUUCCUGAAUCCUGAUAUCAACACUAACCACCAUCACCAGUGGUUUUAUUUUGAGAUUAGUAACAUGGAGGUGGGCAGGCAAUACAGAUUUAACAUCAGCAACUGUGAAAAACUCAACAGCCAGUUCAAUUAUGGAAUGCAACCAGUGAUGUAUUCUGUGAAGGAAGCCCUGCAGGGCCGCCCACACUGGCUGCGUGUGGGCUCAGAGAUAUGCUACUACAAGAACCACUUCACACGCAGCUCACAGGUCACAGGGGGACAGAAAGGAAAGACGUACUACACAGCAACUUUUACCAUCACCUUCAAGCAUGAAAGAGACAUCUGCUACAUUGCAUACCACUUCCCAUACACCUAUACCAUGCUACAGACUCACUUAAUCAAAUGGGAAAACACCUACGACCAAAGCAGCAUCUACUUUAAAAACCAAGUGCUAACAGAGACCAUAUCUGGCAAUGCAGUCCCCCUGCUGACUAUUACUGCUUACCCACUCAGCAACAACAGAGAGGGGAUAGAGCAGUUUAGAAACCGCCCUUACAUCUUCCUGUCGUCCAGGGUACAUCCAGGGGAGAGCAACUCAAGCUGGGUGAUGAAAGGUACUAUUCAGUUUCUUCUGAGCAAUGCUCCUAUGGCACAAACUCUAAGAGAGAUGUACGUCUUCAAGAUUGUUCCAAUGCUGAAUCCAGAUGGUGUCAUAAAUGGAAACCACAGGUGCUCCCUGGUAGCAGAGGAUCUGAACAGGCGCUGGCUGGUACCAUGUCCUAAACUGCACCCCACUAUCUACCACACCCGCGGCCUGCUGCAGUACCUCAAGAUGGUCAACAAAGUGCCAGUGGUCUACUGUGAUUAUCAUGGUCACUCCAGAAGGAAAAACGUAUUUCUCUAUGGAUGUAGUCCCAGUAUGUCCUGGCAGACUGAAGACUUGGAUAACCCGGCCAUGUUGGCUGGAAAAGUGGAAGAUACAGGAUACAAGACUCUCCCCAAACUCCUAGCCAGUGCCCCAGCAUUCUCUUUGAAUAACUGUAGCUUCAUGGUGGAGAAGUCCAAGGAGGCCACGGCCAGAGUGGUAGUGUGGAGACAGGUGGGGAUUGUCCGCAGCUACACCAUGGAAAGCACUUACUGUGGGUGUGACCAGGGCCCCUACAGGGGAUUGCACAUAGGCACCAGGGAGCUGGAAGAAAUGGGGAGGAAGUUCUGUGAGGCACUGAUCAAGGUGCGCAGUAGACAUGCUGUGUCAUCUGACACAAACUCUCAACAGGACGUCAGCGGUACCAUAGCAACUGGGCAGAGAGGAUCUGAGCUGGGUGCUAUAGGUGGUGAUGUUCAUCUGGUCAGCAGCAGUAGCAGCACCAGUAGCAGCAGUUAUCACAGGGUACAGUCUGAUGAAGAGGAAGAUGAUGAGGAGGAAGAAGAUAACCCCUGUGAAGAAGUUGGUGAGGAAAUCGGCGAAGGGUAGAAUCUGCUUCCGAAGUUAGUAACUUCUUCUGUAGUUCUUGUUAUUAUUAGAGGAAUAUAUGGUUGAAAGGCAUGGACAACAUCAAUAUCUCCAUUUGACAGAAACCAGAAGAAAACACCGGUCUCAGCUCUUUGUAGCUAGAGUAUAUACCCCUUGUGGACGUAUAAUGACCUUUGUUGGCGAACUGUACCCCUUGCGAGUACGUUAUCCCUUUUGGGUAGACUAUACCCCUUGUGGAUUGUACCCUUUAAUGGAUGAACUGGGUGAAUUUCAUAAGCAGACUCUAACCCUUGGUGGGUAGUAGACUAUAAUUCAUUUUAACCUGUUAAGAAUUGAGGUUCUAAUGAAUAAUACCUUAUGGAAAUGUAAAGAUUUGAGCCAAGCAUUUGCCAAAUAGAAGGACCUGGGUUAAAAGAGGGAUUUUUUUCUGCUUUCCCCUUGUCUGACAGUUAUUCUUGGUGAUGAGAUGUAAAAUGGCAUGCCUGCAGAAGUAUUCAUAUCAAGUUUUUUAUCACUAUAUAUUAGUAUAUAUGAAUAUAUCUGUGAUCUUAGUCAGAUGACAAUCCCACCUAUGAGCUUUUUAAGAUGUGGCCUCAUGCUGUGUGUCACAUGCUGCUUAUUCUUCAUAUUAGGUUAUUUUUUAAUCUUUAAGGCCAAUUGCCAAUAAAAGAAAACUGAGUAUUUUUUCUACAGACGUGCAGGAUAACUCGAUGUUGUUUUGGUGGUUGUGUUUUAGUGUUUGUGAAACUAUGAUAUUUUUAUAAGAAAGACAACUCAUUUUCUUUGAAAAUGUUUGAAAUGAAAACCCAGUUUGAAGCAGUGGUGUUGAGAGAUAUAGAAACCAGCAGCAUUGAUAAUUAAACUUUUACCAAUUAUAAUCAGUAAAUUUGUUAUGUAUACUUUUAUUGAUUUUUUAAAAACUUUUUCUGUUACUGCUACAUUCAUUGAAACCCCCAAUCACAUUUGGGAGGGGGGUAAGUUUAUGCAAAACAGCUGUUCUAUUGUUAGUAUUGUUCAUUUGCAUUCCUUGUGAUUCUGUGCAUGAAUUCAGCUUUUUCAUGCUAUUGCUCAAUUACUCAA